AUGGAGCGACAACCGCAGACCACAUCCAGCACCCUCCAACAGGCGGCGGAACUGCUCGAGCGCAGCCAACAGCUGCUGAGGGCGGCCAGCCAGGAGGAGGCCACCAACACCACCACGGCGGCUCGGGUACGCCAAAUGACCACGGUGCAGCUCCAGCGGGACCCGGUACUGUGGGCCGCCUACACGCGGGGGUGGGAAGACCGCACCGACGUGUUCCGUAGGGCGACAAGUGGCGAGCCAACAACGGCAAUGCGGCACUACAGGUCCCGUAGCCCGAGGCGGGUGACGACCAGACCGGCGGCCACAGCUCGAUCAGCAACACCAAUGCCGUCGACGCGGGUACCAGAGCGCCAACCAACACGACCGCUGAUGGAGACACCAGUACCGGCGCUAAGGACAACGACCAUGCCACCACCUAAAACGGCCGCCAACAUUCCGCCCACACCACCCACGCCGAAACCAAGGGCAACCGCGACGCUAACACAACCGGUCAAACUUAACGCCCGCCAACGCCGGAACCAGCAGCGGAUGCGGGACCAUAAGAUGAAGAUGACGUCCCAACAACACCGCCUGGAAAAACCGGCACCACCCGCAAACCCGAACCCGGAACCAACACCAGCCCCGUCACAACCAGACCCUGCGACGUCAGACCUCGCCGUGGUCACGGUGCCGGAAGUGACAAUCACUUCCGGAACAGCCGUAAUCACGGAACAACUAACAGCCGCCACCUCCCAAACCGGAUAUAUGGAAAUAUCCCCGGAAGAGGAGGCGGAAUUGUUGGGAGGGACGACCGCAGGCACGGCUGACACCGAGGACAUGGAGGUCAGCCUCAUGUUCUUUAGUCUCCUCCCACGUCACUCCAACAUGGCUAGACACCACCAGGGCCACGUCCGCUGA